GUUGGCAGCUGUACACUCAACAGCCUGCCCCGCUGUUCGCCUCUUAGCUGGGAUUUGGAGAGGCCCUCCGCAAGGCUUGGAAAAAAUUAUGGAGUCCCCAAAUGUAUUUAAUUAAUUGCUUCAUUAGGUCAUGGGAUUAUUUUGCUUUGUUUUUGUUUUGUUUUGUUUCUUUAGUGGGGGUGUCGCGAUGCUGGGCUACGUGGCUGCGAGGGCGUCGUCGAUCCUGCCAAGUUCUUUUCUUCCUUUUUUCCCUUCCUUUCCACACCUUGCAAAACGUCCGCAUUUCUUGGAAAGUUGGGGUUUGCCCCCCCCCGGGGGGCUAUUUCUGUGCCACGCAAGGAAAGAAGACCCGUCGAUGCGGGGGGGGGGAGGGGGCGGCCGCGUGGGCGGAACGUGUGAAUGCGAAAGCGAAAGUGAAGGUGCGAUCCGCGAGAAAGAGGCUGUUUUCUGCUGCUUGCUGCUGCUGCUGUUUGGAUUCUUUCCCUCCCUGCCUGGACAAGACCCCCCAACAACGCCACGAUGGCCAAAUCCUGCACCAUCCAAGUCAGCAAAGAGUCCCGUGAAAAGAUGGCUGUUUUCAGAGCAUCCCUUUUGCAAGAGGGCGAAGAAUUUCUCUGCACGUUUUUGCCCAGGAAAAUUCUGCAAUUGGAUCAGAUCCUGAAGGAAGGGGCGCUGAACGUUAAAGAUUUGACCACCCUCCGUGCCCCACUGGACAUCCCCAUUCCAGACCCCCCUCCCAAAGACGAUGAGAUGGAGACGGAGAAGGAGAAGGAGAAGGAAGCUCCGAAAUGCGGCUACCUGAAGUCCAACGAAGCAAUCGUUUCGCUUUUGGAUCGCGUCAAACCCGAAGUCCGGGAGUUCAAAGAGAAAUGCAUACUGGUGACAACCUGGAUUCAAUACAUGAUUCCCAAAAUCGAGGACGGCAACGAUUUUGGCGUAGCGGUUCAGGAGAAGGUUCUCGAACGGAUCACAGCCCUGAAGACCAAGGCGGAGGCUUUCCAGACCACUAUUGCUAAGUAUUUUUUAGAGCGUGGGGAUGCCGUCGCCAAGGCCUCCAAGGAUACCCAUGUGAUGGAUUACCGGUGUCUCGUUCAUGAGCGGGAUGAGGCCGUGUACAGGGAAAUCCAGACAAUGCUGCUCGAUAUCCGUGGGUUUUAUGCUGAGCUCUACCACAUCUUGAGCAAAAACCUGGAGAAAUUGACCAACCCCAAAGGUGAAGAGAAGCCAUCCAUGUACUGAUUCUGGAAUCUCUGACAACCACUUCUGCCAGCUUCUAUUUUCCUUUGGGGGUUUCACU